CAGAUAUAGUGAAUGCGGGGUCCGGGGAGACCAGAUAUAGUGAAUGCGGGGUCCGGGGAGACCAGGUAUAGUGAAUGCAGGGUCCGGGGAGACCAGAUAUAGUGAAUGCAGGGGUCCGGGGAGACCAGAUAUAGUGAAUGCAGGGUCCGGGGAGACCAGAUAUAGUGAAUGCAGGGUCCGGGGAGACCAGAUAUAGUGACUGCAGGGUCCGGGGAGACCAGAUAUAGUGACUGCAGGGUCCGGGGAGACCAGAUAUAGUGACUGCAGGGUCCGGGGAGACCAGAUAUAGUGACUGCAGGGUCC